AUGUGGUUGCUUGCAGCCGGAUCGACAUCAACGGAAUUGGUGGAGAAGCGAACAAAUCCGGAAAACGACGUCGUUGUGACGUCGUCGUCGUCGACAUCGUCAACGGCUUCGUCAUCUGGAAAUACUAUAAAUGAUCAACCAACUGUUUGUCUGAUUUGUGGAAGGGCAACGAAUACGGGUAAUCACUAUGGGGUCAUAGCAUGUCUUGGUUGUAAGACGUUCUUUCGACGGGUUGUAUUAAAGUCCACAACACCUCGCUGUAAACAUGAUGGAAAGUGUGUUCUACGAAAAGGGCCAAAAAUUAGACGAAUUUGUCGAUCAUGUCGCUAUGAAAAAUGUAAAGAAAUUGGAAUGAAAGCCGAAGCUUUGCAUCCUUCACGCGAUCUGAUAGGACGACGCAACGUUGUACACGAUGAUGUGGAUUGGGAAGAUAGUCGUGAACCAUCUACCUCAAGUCGAUCAUCUGGUGGUCCACCAUCUUUUGAGCAGAAGAAGAUACAACGCAAACUGUCCGAAUCAUCCGAGAACGCUAUGGCAUUCCUUAUCCAACUCAGAGAAAUUGAUUGUAGCUUAAGGCGAGAAGUUGCAGAACAGCUUCACAUAUCUCCUGAUUCACCUGAUGACUUUUAUAGUAUUAGAAGUAGUAGCAUUCUGUUAAACGAUGAUCUCGUUGUGACUCUUAAAAUGGAUUUGAAAAGGCUUCGGAGAUGGUGUGAUCGUGUGCCCUCGUUUCCUACUCUAACCCCUUCCACAAAGAGAUAUCUUGUACACCGGUUUUGCUUAAUGCAUAGCAUUAUUGAACAUUCACUUUAUACAUUAAGAUCACCAUGUGAAUUUCAAAAUGUCUUUCUACUGUUAGAUGGUAGUUGUCUAGUCGCUAGCUUAGACGAUAUUCCAGACUUUCUAAAAUGUGGUCUGACAAGGAAGCAUUUAACUGAUCAUAAAAUUUUAAUUCCAUUUACAUCGUUAUUGAUGGAAGAAGUUGUUUGUCCGCUUCGCUUGUUAUCUCCCUCUCCAGAAGAAAUAGCAGCUUUAAAGACUUUAAUGUUUUUAAAGCCUACGAUAUUACAUGAAUCAGAUUCUGAACCCAUAUCAACAGCAGAAGAUCGUGAGCUUCAAUGGGAGACAAGAAAUCGAGUCUUAUAUGGAUUACAUGCAUUCUAUUUAUCAAAGGGUAUUAUUGAUCUUGAACAAAGAAUGAAUUCUUUGUUUAUGAUCAGUGGAGGAAUUCAGAUGUGUGCCAAAGAAGGCAUGGAGAAUAUGCACCUAUAUCGAACAUUCAAUAUUUCAACAUUCGAUGAAGAUAGCUCAAAUUUAAUUUUUGGAAAUUUAUCAUGA